AUGGAAAGUAGUGAAUUUUCUGUGAAAGCAAAAACGAUCCCAGAAUUUGUACAACGAAAUUAUUCGCCAAGUAUACGUUAUUAUGCUUGUCUAUUGAUAUUGUUCGGUCAAGGAAUUAGCCAAAACGUUGCAGCUGUUUGGUGCAACAGUCAACAUUCAUUCCUAUGCUUUCUUGCGCAAUCAUUCAUCGCAUUUCUUAUCGCUUUCACAAUACAGUGGUGUAAAAUCUAUUCCUUAGGAUUAACACGAGCAAAGCGUGCAUUUUUUGAUGAAUUCAACGUACUUGAAACUUAUCAGCCAAGAGCUCGUACUAUGGGCCAUUUAUUUAUGCCUGAACCACCGACACCCGUACCGGAUGCACAACAGGAACAGCAGAAUACAACGAAGGAAAUGGAGCGAAAUGCAUUUUUGCAAAUGAGGGAUGCGCAUUAUGGAAGUGAAUAUACAUACUUAGAAAAGGUAAAUCGUGAAUUAAAAGAAGGAGGAAAUUAUGCUAACCAAUCACAAAAUGAAAUCCAAAAUGAUGUAUCAAAUACAGCAAAAAUCGAAGGACCGGUUCUAAUCGAAUUUCAUGCUGAUUCCGAAACUGAUGAUGAUGAUUAUUAUUCCUCAUUAUAA